UUUUAAAUUGUAAAAUCUAAAAAAAUUUAAAAUUAAAAAAGCUAAGGUGGGCAAUUAACGUGGCUUCGCCACUGGAAGCUUCUGACUGCUAUCUUCUUCCCCAAGAAAAAAGAGUCAAGAACCUCAAAACAAAAAUUAUAGUUUAAAGUUAAAUCCAAAUCUUACAAGUUUCCUAUAUAUUUAUAGGAAACAAGUUUAGGACAACAGCCAUCAAACAUCCCAAUUGAAUCAACUGCAGAAACAAAAAAUUUUUACAAGACAAACUCUGUCUUUGCAUUGGCCAUGGAUGAUCUUGUUCUGUACUCUGUAGGGCUUUCCUUGUUGCUCCUCCUUGUGCUCUAUGGAGCUGGGAGAGUUUCAUACUCAAUUUGGUGGAAGCCCAAGUUGCUGGAAAGGAAACUGAAGCAACAAGGGAUCAAAGGCACACACUACAAGGUCUUGCUUGGAGACAUGAAAGAUUACAUUAGGAUGAUAACUGAAGCAUGGUCCAAACCCAUGAAUCUAACCCACCAGAUUGUUCAGCGAGUCGAUCCGUUUACUCUUCAUGUUGUUCAGAACUACGGGAAGACAUCGAUGUUUUGGAAUGGGAAGACACCGAGGUUGAUAAUCUCGAACCCAGAAUUAAUGAAAGAAAUACUGUUGAACAAGCUAGGUCACAUUCAAAAGCCUCCAAUAAAUCCACUGAUUCUCAUUCUUGCAAGAGGACUGACGGUUCUGGAAGGCGAGAAAUGGGCUAUACACAGAAGAUUGAUAAAUCCUGCCUUCCACCUAGAAAAACUUAAGGGAAUGGUACCAGUAUUUGCAAUGAGCUGUAAAGAAAUGAUAGAUCAAUGGAAGAAGAAGCUCAGUGAUGAAGAAAUCUGUGAAGUGGAUGUGUGGCCUGAACUUCAAAGAACAGCAAAGGAUAUCAUUUCCAGGGCAGCAUUUGGAAGCAAUUAUGAACAAGGAAAGAAAAUAUUCCAACUUCAACAUGAGUUGAUGAUGCUCACCAUGGAAGCCAUGCAAACCUUAUACAUUCCAGGUUUCAGAUUUGUUCCGACGAAGAAGAAUCAGAGGAGAAACAAGUUGAAUAUAGAGAUCACAUCAAUGCUGAGAGACAUGGUUGAAAAGAAACAAAAUGAAAUGAGAACUGGAAGAUCUAGAGUUGAUGACUUGCUAAGCUUGCUCUUGCAUUCUAGUGAACAGCAGAACAGUUCAGGAACUGCAAAUAGCACAGUGAAUAAUGGGUUGACAAUUGAAGAGAUAAUAGAGGAAUGCAAGGUUUUCUAUUUGGCUGGCCAAGAAACAACCUCAUGCUUAUUAACAUGGACCAUGAUUGUUUUAGCCAUGCACCCAGACUGGCAAGAAAAGGCAAGGGAGGAAGUUCUGCAAAUCUGUGGGAAUGAAGAACCUGACUUUGAAGCUUUAACCCAUCUCAAGAUUGUGACCAUGAUUCUGAAUGAAGUGUUAAGGUUGUAUCCACCGGCAAUUGCUCUUUAUCAGCAUACUUGUAAGGAGACCAAGAUAGGAGACAUCACCAUCCCAGCAGGAGUCGACCUUAUUCUACCCACAAUGCUUAUUCACCGGGAUCCAGAGUUCUGGGGUGAAGAUGCAGAAGAAUUCAGACCAGAUAGAUUCUCUGAAGGAAUUUCAAAGGCAUCUAAGGAUCAUUUAGCUUUCUUCCCUUUUGGUUGGGGUCCGAGGAUCUGCAUUGGCCAGAACUUUGCCAUGUUAGAAGCUAAGGUGGCUUUGGCUAUGAUUCUACAGAAUUUUUCAUUGGAGCUCUCACCUUCUUACACGCAUGCUCCUUGCACUGUUAUGCUAUUGCAGCCACAACAUGGGGCUCAAAUUUUCAUUCGCCGAUUGUAAGCUAUAAAUUGUGUUGCAAACUCAAAGACUUGCAGCUAGUGAAUAAUGUCUCUUCCACCUCAGAAGAGAAGAGUUUUUCCCCUUGUGUCUCAGAUUGCUGCAAUAGAAUUAGUAAUCUUUCCUAAGAAUAUUACAUGGUUUGUUUAAAAAAUGCG